CGGACUGCACGCGCCCGUACACCCGCUUCGGUCGCGCUCUCGGGAAGCUCGGGCUGACGAGGCCGUGCGCCGGGAACAUUCCGCUCGUGGACCAGCCGGACCUGGGCGAUGCUGCGGGUGCGGUGUCUGCGUGGCGGGAGCCGCGGCGCCGAGGCGGUGCACUACAUUGGGUCUCGGCUUGGAAGAACCGUGACAGGAUGGGUGCAGCGAACUUUCCAGAGCACCCAGGCAGCUACAGCUUCCUCCCAGAACUCCUGUGCAGCUGAUGACAAGGCCACUGAUCCUCUGCCCAAGGACUGCCCUGUCUCCUCUUACAAUGAAUGGGACCCUCUGGAGGAAGUGAUAGUGGGCAGAGCAGAGAAUGCCUGCGUUCCACCAUUCACGGUGGAGGUGAAGGCCAACACGUAUGAAAAGUACUGGCCAUUUUACCAGAAGCAUGGAGGUCAUUAUUUCCCAAAGAUCACUUGAAAAAGGCUGUUGCCGAAAUUGAAGAAAUGUGCAAUAUUUUAAAAAUGGAAGGAGUGACCGUGAAAAGACCUGACCCCAUUGACUGGUCAUUGAAAUAUAAAACUCCUGACUUUGAGUCGACU